AUGGUACUCGACCAAGUCCGCGUUUCUACGCGGCAUACGCUUAACUGCGCCAAUGAGGCAACAAUCGCUGCACUCGAGUCCCCUUUCAGCCUAGGGCCGAUGGACCAUACCGUACCCGCCAUGUUGACUAUCGAAGCCAUCCUCGUCUACAGAAAGCCGACAAAUCUUCCAGACGACAACUUCCUUCCGGUUGAACGCUUGAAUUUGGCUGUAUCACACCUUCUAGACUAUUACCCGCAUUUAACUGGUCGUCUGCAGCAGAAUGCAGAGAGCCUAGCUCCAGAGAUUGGUAGCCUGGGCGCUGGCGCUGAGCUUUGGGAGGCACAGUGCCCCAGAAGGCUCGUAAGUAUCGCGGAGUCUGCUCUCUCAGCCCGUAUCUUGGUGAUCCGUCUGCCAGAUUCUGGGAAUGCACUUCUUCCAAUUUUUCAUUCGACAAUGGGAGCUGUCUCCCAUAAUCCUAUCUUCGGAAUUCAACACACUCGAUUUGGCUGCGGAGGGGUCGCACUGGGCAUUCGGGUUCAUCAUCAGGUCUGCGAUGCCACUGGUUUUAUGCAGCUUGUGCGCGAUCUUGCUGAGAUUUACAAACAAUUGCGCGAUUCUUCUCCGCCAACACUCAUCUCUCCCCCCGAAAUUUACUCACACUUUCGAGGAACGAACAACUUUUGCCUGGAUGAAAACAUCACGGCCAUGUCCGAGGUCUCAGCCCCUCCAUCUGUCUACACUUGUCCUUUGCGCUUCCAAGGUCAAGAUCUGGUCGCACUCAAAAAUACUGCAACCGACCCAAACACCCAGGGACAGACCACGUUCACCAGAUUCGAGCUCAUCUCAGCCUAUCUCUACCAACGGAUUUAUCAAGCCAGAGUUCAGGUUCUGCGUGACAAGGGAGCCACACUAGACCUCGACGCGCUACAGCCACUUCGUGGUUUCUGGACGACCAUGGAUAUGCGUGACUCCACACGUCUGAAGCUCCCUGCACGUUACUUUCCAAAUGCUGUCCACUGCCCCUCGACUUCCGCAUCGCAUGAAUUACUCGAAAAGGGCGCACUCUGGCAGGUUGCACAGGUUAUCCAUGAUGCAAUCCACUCAGUUGAUAUGGACGAAGUCAAGCAACAGUUCGAAUGGGUUGCCGCACAGCCCAACAAAAGCCACGUCAGGUUCAAGGUGAUGGUUCCAGAUGGUUGCCUCGUCGCUACCCAGUGGAGUAGGGGUAAGACCUACGUUGGGGUUGACUUUGACGUCGCUACCAAUGGCAAACGCAUUGCCCCUUCUCUCGUGUCCCCAGCUUUCAGUGAAGGGUACCGCGUUGACGGCUUGGCAAUUAUCAUGUCCACCGAGGAAGAGUUGCCUCGACGCCAGCGUAACAGACGUUCUUUGGAUCGUGACAAUCUUCCGUGCGCCGUCGAUGUGAAUUUGACUCUGGAUAGGUCGGUCUGGGAUGUUCUCAACAAUGACCCCGACUUUUUGGCGCUCCAUUCCUAA